AAAGUUAGUGAACUAAAACAAAAAGAUAAUGAAAUUAAAGCCUUAAAAAGAAAUCUAGGGGACAGCCAAAAGAACUUUUUAGGAAAGAAAUUAAAAUCUAAAAAGGAAAGAUUAGAGUUGCUAGCAGCUGAACUAGGGGAAAAUAAAAUCAGUAACAUUAAUAUUGCCAAAGAAAAUAUUGCUGCUACCCAGGAUGGCUUAAUAGAAAGAGGAAUAAGUAUUAGCAAAGCCCAAAAAUUUUGUAGGAAGUAUAAAAAGCAAAAAGACUUGUUGCCGGAAAAUAAACAGCUCUUAUUAAAAGAAAUUGCAAGAUUGAAGCAAGCAUUAGCAGAAUAUCAUAAUAACAAAUUACAAA